AUUUUUUCUUUUCCCACGGGAGGGGAGGAGGGGAGGGAUCGAAUCGACCUUUAUAAGCCUGGCUUGCAUUGUUGGGGAGACUGUCAGGCAGCUUCAACUUCCUUCAGAUAGCUACAUGCACUAGACAUAGACGAGCAAAGCCCUCACACCAUGAAGGAACAAGUUUCCGGGGAGGACGGGAAACAGGUCACCGUUAUCUCGACCGAAACGGGCACCCCUGAGAAUGAUAUCGGCCUCUUCCAGGAUCCAAAUCAACGCCCUCGCUGUUUUACAAGUACUUUUCAGGAAUGCAUUUUCGUCCUGACGACGACGAUGGCUAUCGGCCAGAGCUCGUUCUUCCAGGGCGCGGUUAUAGUUAUCUCGGCGACAAUCGGGCGAGAUCUCCACAUGAAUCAGGCCGAGAUCACUUGGAUUACGGCCGGUAAUUCUCUAACUAGCGGUGCACUCCUCUUGGCCUUUGGCAAGGUUGCAGACAUGUUUGGCCGUCGAAGCAUGUUCAUAACUGGCAUGGCAGGAUUCACCCUUGCCCUGGUUGUCGCUGGCUUCGCCAACUCUGCAAUCUACAUGGACGUGUUCUCGGGAAUUUUGGGCAUCUUUUCCGCUGCGGUUGUUCCUCCCGCCGUGGGUUCGCUGGGUGCGGUGUAUGAGCGGCCCUCCCAGCGCAAGAAUAGGGCCUUUGCUUGCUUUAGUGCUGGCAAUCCACUGGGCUUUGUUGGGGGCAUGAUCGUUUCUGGUAUCGCGACCCAGGUUGCGGACUGGAGAGCUGCUUUAUGGGUGCUAGCCGUGAUCUACGCGGCUUUUACGGUGCUUACCAUCUGGACCGUUCCUCAAGAUCUUGCGCAGAAGACACGCGGAUUCAGCUGGGAUUCUGUGAAAAGCCUCGAUCCUCUUGGAAUGAUCCUUGCAAUGGCUGGAAUAGCUCUUCUGUCGAGCUCGUUAUCGAUAGCCGGAGACGCACCCGAUGGUUGGAAAACGCCCUACGUGAUUGUCCUGCUCGUUCUUGGAGUCGCUCUCAUUGCAGGGUUCCUUUAUUGGCAAUCCCUAUUUUCGACUCCGCUCAUGCCCCUACAUGUUUGGAGAGAUCGUAACUUUUCCCUGUUGAUGGGGAUUCUGGCCCUCGGGUUUUCCGGGUUUGUGGCGGCCCAAUUCUGGAUGGCGUUGUACAUGCAGGAAGUAUUAAAUCUGGGGCCCCUGGAAAUCACAGCACGGCUACUACCCAUGGUUGUUAACGGGGUUCUGGUCAAUAUCGUCUGUGCUUUCCUGCUGCACAGAGUAAGCAACAAACUCAUCAUGUUGACUGGAACAGUGGCCUAUGCAGUGGCCUUUCUCAUCAUGAGUUUCACUCCUGAUCAGGGUCUCUACUGGGCGUACUACUUUGUCCCACUGCUGUUGCUGGUUGUCGGGGCAGAUUGCCAAUUCAAUGUCGUCAAUAUGUAUGUGAUGUCCUCUUUACCGACGUCCGACCAAUCUCUCGCGGGCGCCAUUUUCAACACUGUCUCGAAGGUAGCGGGGAAUAUAGGCCUGGGUAUCACUACAGCCAUCUACAAUGCCAUCCGCGAGGGAGGCAGCACUUCCCCAAUCAGGCCUUACCUGGGCCCGUACUGGUUCGCUGCUGCAUCCGCGGGCAUCGCUGUCUUCCUCGUGCCUUUUCUGAAGAUCGGGACACAGGGCCACAGCGAGAAAGAUCCUAGCCUGUCCAAUGAGCCCGAUGAAGAACUCGGUGGGUUAGAAGCGCAAGUCAAGACUUGAUUGAUGUUAAUGGCUGGGUAAUAAUGCAUGAAGUUUUUUUUUUUUUUUUUUUUUUU